AUCACGGGUCUUUAAAAACUAGAUGGCAACGCAGCCCACCAUCUGGGCAUGAAACACAUUUUGUUUAUUUCUCUCAAUCGUAUAUUUAAAAAUCUAGGAUGAGUUUAUCAAGCAUUAAACAAAAGGAAACCAAAGGCAAGAAGAAAACGCUGCCAAAGUUGCGUACCAUUUUGGCGAAUCCGUACAAAAAUCACAGCCCGCUUUUGAGCGAAGAUGAAGUCCUGCAGUUUUCUAGUAUAAUAAAAAACUCGAUGAAAAACUGCAACGAUAAAACCAAGGCUUUUCCCAGUCGCUAUGGAAUUCAUCUGGGUCUGGAGAGUACCUUACGUGCCAUAAACUCGAAGCGGUUCUCAUUUAUGAUCGUUUCCUUGAGCCUGCGACCAGCCCAUCUAAUCCGGUUAAUUGCCACCAGUGCAUCCGUAAAGGUGCCCACCGCUCCCAUCUACGCCCAACCCAAGCUGGAGGAUCUAACUGAGGAUAUUUUCGGUAUAAGGGCUACUGCUUUGACCUUACCCUUAGAUUUGAAAACCAUUAGCGAGGAUUUGGAUAAAUGGGUCAUCGCCAGGAAAAAAGAUCCACCAAUUUCCAAAAAGAUAGUGUCUAAGACAAAGAAAUCUACAAAAACUCGCAAGGUACAGGAUCAAAAGGAUAAGGAAUGUAAAGAAUCGCAGAAAAAAGAGAACGAAGUAUCAACAUCGCCGGUGAAAAAAGAAUGGGAUGACGAUUUUAUUUCGUUUUCUGAUGAAAAAACGUCAAUAAAGUUGGACAAGAUAGAUAUUCAGGUGGAGACCAAACAACUGGGUGCUGCUCUUAGCAAUUUGGCCAUGAAGGCCAGAAGUCAGGCUAAAAAUGAUGUCAAAUUCGAAAUACCUAGGAAGAAAGAAGAAUCCCCCUGCAUAGAACCCAUGGAAAUACAAAAUGAGGAUGAAAUCGAUGAGGACGAGUUUCUGCCAAGUGAGAACUUGAGCACCUAUCGGCCACUUACUGUUCAACAGAUUUGUCCGAAUCCCAACAAGAAACCUAAAAAGAAACGCAACAAAAAGCAAAAGGAACUUGCCAAAUGAAACUAACAACAAACUACAAAAAUAAAUGAGAAAAAUACAAAAAACUUUAUAUAUUUUAUAUUGCUUAUUAUAAAUAUUUUAAAAACACUGUACGAUUAAUUGAAGCAAAACUAUUAUAAUUUUUAUGUGUCAAAAUGUAUUCCCCCCCUUAAAUCAGCUGUGAUUUUUAGGUUAUGUUAUUUGUUAUCGUAAUUGUUAAGGCACCCGCAAAAAUAAUGCUCCGAAGUUUACGUCAAAUAUCUCGGUUAGGGCGACGUUUGUCCGCCCCUGUUCCAGGCAGCAGUUUGGUUAAUGCAGCAUCAUCCACGCAAGAAGUUUGUGUUAGACUUCAGGCACCUUUACACACCAGCAUCUCCUCAUGGAAAUAUGAUAAAAAAUCGUCUAGAGCGGCGGACGAUCUGGACACCGACGAUGAGGAAGAUGAGGAUUUUAAAGACGAACGCGAUUCCAAGGUGGU